AUACAAUACAUUAUCACCGCUGAAUAAUGCUGAUGCGCAGCGUUUACGUGAUAUGCAAGCCAGAUUAGUCCAUAAUAUAUAUAUAUAUAAUUAACUCACGUGCUUCCGUCACGCACCCAUCGAUUUUCCACACACAAACGUGGUAUAAAAGGUUGUGCCCUGCCGCGCUCUCGCACUUCACAAUCACUCGAUCAGACACUCACAGUGACACAGCUCAGUGAGCGAGCGCCGAGCGGUGACCAACCAUAUGGCCGACACAUCAUCGGAGCGCAGCGACAUCCACGUCCUCCUGCUCCCGUACCCGAGCCAAGGCCACAUCAACCCGAUCCUCCAGUUCGGCAAGCGCCUCGCCGCGGCGCACCGGGGCCGCGUGCGGUGCACGCUCGCCGCGACGCGGUUCCUGCUCAGCAACAGCCAGCCGUCCGCGUGCACCGGCGGCGACGCCAUCCGCAUCGCCGCCAUCUCGGACGGCUGCGACCGCGGCGGCCGCGCCGAGGCCGCCGGCGCCGUCGAGUACCUGUCUCGGCUGGAGUCGGCCGGGUCGGAGACCGUGGACCAGCUGCUCCGGUCCGCCGAGGCGGAGCAGGCAGGCCGGCCCGUGGACGUGCUGGUGUACGACGCGUUCCUGCCGUGGGCGCAGCGCGUGGCGCGGCGGCGCGGCGUCCCGUGCGCGGUCUUCUUCACGCAGCCGUGCGCGGUGGACGUGGUGUACGCGCACGCGCGGGCCGGGCGGGUACGGCCGCCGCUGGUGGGCGACGAGCCGGUGGAGCUGCCCGGCCUGUCGGUCGCGCUCCGGCCGGUGGACAUGCCGUCGUUCCUAGCCGAUCCCAGCGGCUACCCCUCGUACCUGGACCUGCUUUUGAAUCAGUUCGACGGCCUGCACACGGCCGACCACGUCUUUGUCAACUCCUUCUAUGAGUUGCAGCCACAGGAAUCGGAUUACAUGGCGUCUGCAUGGAGAGCCAAGACGGUGGGUCCAACAGUGCCGUCGGCCUACCUGGACAACACCUUGCCGGAGGACACGUCCUACGGCUUCCACCUCUACACCCCGCAGACGGCGGCGACGAGAGCCUGGCUGGACAGCAUGCCGCCGCGCUCCGUGGUCUACGCCGCCUUUGGCAGCGUCGCCGAGCCCACCGCGGCGCAGAUGGCCGAGGUGGCGGAGGGCCUGUACAGCUCCGGCAAGCCGUUCCUGUGGGUCGUUAGGGCGUCGGAGACGUCCAAGAUCCCUGACAAGUUCGCCGACAAGGCGAACGAGAGAGGCCUCGUUGCGACGUGGAGCGCGCAGCUGGAGGUGCUAGCGCACCCGGCCGUUGGGUGCUUCGUGACGCAUUGCGGGUGGAACUCGACGACGGAGGGACUGAGCGCCGGCGUGCCCAUGGUGGCGAUGCCGCAGUGGUCGGAUCAGCCCGUGAACGCCAAGUACAUCGAGGAUGUGUGGAGAGUGGGCGUGCGGGUGCGGCCAGACAAGGAUGGUGUGGUCAGGAAGGAGGAGGUGGAGAGAUGUGUGAGGGAGGUGAUGGAUGGCGAGAGGAGCAUGGAGUAUCAGCAAAAUGCAGCUGACUGGAAGGAGAAGGCUAGGAAGGCCAUGAGUGCAGGUGGCAGCUCAGAUAACAACAUCAAGGAGUUUCUUGGCAAGCUAGGACUGAAAGUCUAAAUGAGUUGCUUGGGUAGAAAUCUUCGAAUCCUUUGGUUCUGCAUUUGUUACUUUCCCUAGCGAGCACUGUGCCUCUCCUUAAAACUCCAUCUGCUAUUAAAUAAUGUGCAUAUUUUAAAUGUAAUAAUAAAUCGUGGAAGAUGUUGGAAGCCUCUACUACUAUUACUACUACUAUUAGUAUUAUUAUUUGAAUUA